AAAGAGGGGCAGGUUCCCCGUUUUAAAAUCCACCACGUACAGAUCACAUAGUUGAUCUGUUUACCUUUCAAAGGUCAGGGUGUAAAGUCUGACAUUCCGGUCACUGAGUUCCUCAGCAGAGCGCAUGGUGACUGGACCUAUCUGUCAGCGAAGAGUAUAGUCACACCUGGAGAUAAAAUGAGUCACUGGAGCGAAAUGAACAAAGACGAGAUCGAGAGGCAGUAUUCACCCAGCAGGUGGUCCCACAGGAUGUCCGCAGACGACGUGAUCAAGGCCCAUGUGAAGGCUUUAAAGGAAGGUACGGAGCGAGCCCGUGGCCUGGCUCAAACUCUUCUCAACGUGCCAUAUGGGGAGGGAGACGGAGAGAAGCUGGACGUCUACAUACCCAGCACCAACUCUCUGGACGUCCACCUUGUCAUUUACCUUCAUGGAGGCUACUGGCAGUUUCUCAGCAAGGAGGAGUCAGGAUUCAUGGCUGUUCCACUGGUUGAUAAAGGUGUAGUGGUGGUUGCGGUUGGUUAUGACAUCGCCCCCAAAGGUAACAUGGACCUGAUGGUGUCGCAAGUUCGCAGGAGUGUCGUGUCUGUCAUUCAGCAGUAUUCUCACAUCAGUGGUCUUUACCUGUGUGGCCACUCUGCUGGGGCUCACCUGGCUGCUAUGGUGCUCUCCACUGACUGGUCACAGUACAGCGUCACUCCUCAGAUCAAAGGUGCUUUCCUUGUCAGUGGCAUUUAUGACCUGCUGCCCAUCCUGUCCACCUACGUCAACGAGCCUCUAAAAAUGACAGAGGAGGUGGCGGUGAGAAACAGCCCCAGCAAGCUGGUCCCUCAGCUUAAACUCUCCUCCUCCAGCUGCCAGAUCGUCGUGGCGGUCGCUGAGAACGACUCGCCGGAGUUUCGCAAGCAGUCGGAAGAAUAUUUCAAAACUCUGGAGGCUUCAGGGCUGAAUGUGACUAUGGAGGAUGUGGUGAAUACAGACCACUUCAGUAUCAUUGAGCAGCUGGUGGAUGGAGAGUAUCACCUAACAAAGCUUCUCUUGAAGAUGAUGGGGAAGAGCUGAGGUGCUUGAUCGAUCAUCUAACAUCAACAUACCUCCGUAUCACCAUCAACACUGAAAGAAUUGAGACACAGUUUCUUACCACUUGGUUUGAUCAACAAUAAGGUGGAGUGGAUUAACUUCUCUGUAGUUACAGCUCUCUCUCUCUCUCAAAAAAAAAGCUUUGUAUGUUCCAACUUAUGAAAACAUUGUGUGCCUAAAACCUCAUUACUUCAAAGAUGAUGACUGUAGCAAAACUACUGCUUUUAUUCAGGUGAAAACAGCGUACUCAAAACCCACUGUGCACAAUGUUAUUGUUAGGAAACACAGUUGGAUCCUGUACUGAACACUGUAGAGUUGAUGUUAGUUUUGGCGUGUAUCCAGUGUUAAAGGGGCAGUGUCUGCCUGAAUAUUUUUACCUCUGACAAUCUGCACCGAAACAUAAAUAAAUCCAGAGUUGGAGAUAAAGUCAAGAAUAGUGACAUAUCAUUCAAGUUGAUUGUAGCUUUUUGUUGUAGCUUUCACAGCACUGAUAAUCUCAUCCAGGAUUCGUCACCAGGAAAUGUUGAUAAGGAAAAAAAAAUAUUUGCACUUUUAUUUUAAGCUAAUAUAGUUGAAGAAUGCUCAUAUGAAAGUAGACAUAUUUUUAACUGACCAUUACUCAUUCUAGCAUCUUACACAAUGUUUACAUUAGUACUACGUAAUAUUCUGUUCAUCAUUACUGUAGAUUGUAAAGAGAAUAAUCACAAUAAAUAUUUAUAUUUGAGAA